AUGGAGGCUUCGAACGAGAGCAAUGCCAACGUCAGCGAGAGCUUCAGGCCAAGCGAGUGCAUAGUCAAGGCAGCGGCACCUGGCUGGACUGGCUGCUCUUGCCUGGACGCCAGGGGCUACUUGCAAGCGGACAAGACUUGCACUGUGAAGUGCGAGGAGCCCGGCUGCACCGUGCCACCUGUCGGCGGCUCGGCACACGUCUCACAGCGAUGUGUGGACUGCCUGCCAUGCAAUACCCUGAACGUUGCUGAGCUCCAUGUCCAGGGUGGAAUUCGGCCAGUGCCCAGUUACGAACAUCGGAUGUCACACGUCCAGGUGAACCCGGAUCUUCUGAACGAGCACGCAGCUGUGGCUAUGACCCUGGAAGUGACCUUGCCUCUCAGCCUUGCCGUUGGCCAAGCUGGCGGGGAUCUAAGCGGAGAUCUCCAUGCAGAACUACAUGCGUUGUCUCGAAAGCACAACUGGAGUACAGCCGUGCACUUGCUGGAAGCGAUGCUGGAGCAGGCACCAGACCUGACCAUAGGCAAAGGAACAACGGAGCUCAAAACGUUGCUCCCCGGUGCGCAGAAGAUUUUUGGAACAGGCAUCGCAUCUUGUGACCGGGCGUCACUUUGGCAGCAGGCUAUGGCCUUUCUCGCAGUUGCCGCGGCAAAUGGCGUGUUGAAUGAGAUCUUGUGGAAUGCCACCAUCAGCGCAUGUUCUAGAGGACGACGCUGGACACACGCACAGGCUCUCCUGGAUCAAAUGCCAUUUGCAAAGCUGCGCCCAGAUGUGAUCAGCUUCAACUCGACCAUGCGUGCCUUCGCUGGUACGGGAUCCAGCACCAGCAGGUGGCAAGCCGGGGGUUUGCUGUACCAGCAGAUGCGUCAUAUCCGCCUCCAUCCCAGCGUCAGAUCAAUCAGCACACUGACACGAUUAUGUGCUCAGGGGAAUGCGUGGCAUGCAGCCUUGGCCUUCUUGGUGGAUGCCAAAAACAGCUCAUUGCCCAUCGAUGCAGCAUGCUACAGCUCCGUAUUUGUUGCUUGUGCACGCAGUCGGCGAUGGCAACGUAGCCUGCAAAUCUUCUGGGAGUCUGCAGAGACAAUCUCACCAGAUCUUGCAUAUUUCAAUGCGGCGAUCAGCGCUUGUGAGCGCGGUGGUGAUUGGAAGGGUGCUCUUACGCUUCUGCAGGAAUUGCAAUCGCACUCCUUGCGACCUGAUCAGACCACACACAAUGCCGUCAUAAGUGCUUGUGAGAAGGGCUCCAGAUGGCGCACUGCUUUGCAAUUUCUGGGUUCAGAAGACAUCCAAGGAGUUCCCAAAGCGCCCGAGGCCGAGGGGUCCGAGCAGCCCGAGAACUCCGUGGACGCAAAGGCCGAUGCCGUGACCUUCACGGCUGUUCUCGCUGCGUGCGCACGGAGCUCCAUGUGGCAAGAUGCUCUGGGCACCCUUUGGAGGAUGCAAGAAAAUCAGAUGCAUCCGGGGCCACUCCACUUGGCAGCUGUGCUCGAUGCAUGUACCAGGCCAUGCCGAGGCACUUCUCAGGGUGCAUCGGCGGUAUCGGCAAGGGCAGGCACCAUUGUGCCCGAACUGGUUUCGUUGCUGCAUGCAUCCAUUGGGCGGAUGCUUUUGCAGCGACAAGGAAUCGACAGCACAGAGUCACCGCAGGCGCAAGCACAAUGCCAGGAGCUGACAAAGCACAUUGUGGCAGGGAUGGAGUGUCUCUCCCACCACGCUUUGCUGGCUGAGAGAGAGAGCUUAGCGGCCCUCUUCGACCAAGUCGUAUACCUCCCGGUACUUGAACGGUUGAAGCUUCUCAGCUCCGAAGCGGAUGCGGGGGCUGCCGCUCGGGAAGCGACACUUCAUGAUGGAGUGCUGGAAGAGCUAUAUGGGUUCGGAGCUCGCUACACCAGGAGAGCGCUCCGUGAUCUGGAACUCAGCACGGUGUCUCCCAGCUGGCGGGCAGUUGCUCAGAAAUCUGCAAGACAUGCUUUGAGAGCGAUGAUGGCGAGUAGGCGCCGAACCCGGCGCAAGCAGAAGCGCAACGUGUGGCCGGAGCGUGCAUCGGCUCAAAGCCUGGUUGUUUGGUGUGCCUACGAAUUGACGGACACGGAUGGACCAAUCUUUGAGGACAAGGGAAAGGUGGUUCCCGCGGCGUCCGUUGCGGAGGUUUGUGAGUUUUCCUUGUUGCCGCACUUGUCGCCAGUCUUCGUCGAGCACGACCGCUCCAAGCACGCUGAGCGUCAAGCGCUUUUGGCCAUCAUACGGAGGCUUCAUCAGGAACGUCGCUGUUUUAAAGAUGUUCGUGGCCAAGUGAAUCUCUAUGCGGUUCACACCCCUUGCAUCUCGUGCUUGGCAGUGUUCUGUCAAUUCCGCAGUUUGUUCCCGCGCGUCACCCUCAAUGUUCAAUUCGAUGAUUGGUCCGUCACUCGGCGCAUGGUUGACACAAAUCCGCUGUAG